AAAGCUAAAGCGAUCAAGAAGAGAUAAGCAAAACCUGUACUUGAAUAGAAAUGUCCUGCUGUCCCAAUUACAAAUUAGAAUAAAUUGCAUACUUCUUUCCUAAGAAAUUUAAACUCUUAAUAAGAUUAUCUGUGAUGAAAAAAACCGAACCAACAAAACCAACAACCCACAAACAACAAAACCCUCUGGCUCUAGCUCUCAUUUUAACUUAAAUGAAUCCUACCCUCCCUCUUUUCUCCCCCUCCCCUCAAAUCCGUAUGUCUACAGAGUUUCUGGAUUCUCAAAGUUUUACUCCUUUUAAUCACUGUUCACAUUUUUAAUCGUAGAACCUGGAUAUCAUUAUGUAUUUAGGACUAAAGGCCUCCAUGUGUUUUUCUCCAUAAUCUCUUUGCUUUCCCUUACUGAGUGUUUGUCAAACAAAACUCAUUAAACAAAGUACUCCUUUAUUCUCGGGUAGAUGGAACUAAGAGAGCGAACAAACAGCAGUAAUGCACUUGCUGCAGAGAAGAGAAAAAAAAAAAACAACAUUCCAAGAAAUUUUGUUAAUACAUGCCAAUGCAGUUUUAUAUGAGAAGCAAUAGUUCCAUUGAAGAGAAACUGCAUUUUUCCAGGACAUCUGCAGUGAAGAAAAGAUCUCAGACCUCACAUCCAGCAAGGGCUACAGCCUUGGCUACGAAGCUACCAACCAGUUACACUCAUUUACAAGAGAGAAACAGGCAGACAAAAGGUGACAGCAGAUAAUCAUCAUGGCAUCGGCGAGUCUGCAGUUCUUCGCUUUUAUUCUGGCUUUGUUUGGUGUUUUUGGAGACAUCACGGCUACUUUGCUCCCCAACUGGAAGGUAAAUGCAGAUGUUGGUUCAAAUAUCAUAACAGCUAUAACACAGAUGCAAGGGCUCUGGAUGGACUGCACGUGGUACAGCACGGGGAUGUUCAGCUGCACCCUGAAAUACUCCGUUCUCUCCCUCCCCGUCUACAUCCAGGCUGCGAGGACCACCAUGGUACUGUCCUGCAUCCUGUCAGCCUUUGGGAUCUGCAUCACCACAGUUGGAAUGAAAUGCACAAAGUUGGGAGGGGACAGCGACAGCAAAAGCCACGCUUGUUUCGCUGGAGGAGUCUGCUUCAUUCUGGCAGGAAUCUUUGGAUUAGUACCAACAUCCUGGUACACGAGGGAAAUUAUUUCCAAUUUUCUAGACCAGACCAUUCCAGAGAGCAGUAAACACGAACCAGGAGGAGCGGUUUAUACAGGAUUCAUCUCAGCAGGGUUCCUGCUUAUCGCAGGUGUGAUCUUCUGCACUUCCUGUUUUAAAAAGCAGCAAGGAGCAUGGAUUUACCCUCCAAAGCAGCACCACUUCCCAUCCACAGAGCAGGAGAGCGACGCAGGUUACAACCUGAAGGACUAUGUGUAAAUACAGUGAUUUCUAUCCAUUCAAGUUUUUUUUUUUUUUGUGCUAAGUGUAAUUUGAUUAUUUCAAAGAAUGUAUAACAUAGCACUUAACUUCUCUUACAUCUGGGUUGCAAUGAUGUUUAAGUAAGAUUUCAUUUAUAGCAACAUCCACAAAAAGAAUGAAGUAGGAAACAAUGCUUAAGUCUGCUACAGGAGUAUUUUUUUUCAUUGAUUUUUCAAACCAUUCUUUUUGACUUUCCAAGUAACAUUUAGUGAAGAAAAAGAAACUAUAUUCAAACAUAACUGACAGUACAAUUAAUGUACUGACGGCUUGUUACAGCAAAGAUGCUUAAAACCUAACUGCCU